UAACGAGUCAACAUAAUGGGAGAGACAGGCGAAGAAGACGCUGCAAAUCGUGAAAUGGAAGAAAAAAAUACGGACAACCAGAACGGAAAAGGAGACAAGGACGCGGAGAAGGCUAAAGACAAGAAGAAAAAGAAGGAUAAAAAGGAGAAGAAGGAAAAGAAUCCGGAAGAUAAAAAUGACCCGACAAAACUUAAGGCCAAGCUUGAAAAAAUCGACUCCAAGAUUCAAGCACUUAACGUAAGACGAGAGGAAAUUCUCAAGCUUAUCGAAGCAGCUCAAGCCAAUGCUUCAACUCCAGGGACGGGGGCAAAUGCGUGAGCUUAAAGCGAUGUUAAUUGCAACU